ACACUCAGAGGCGUGCAACGUAACCAGUUGGACACAAAUUCCCGGAGUAGGGUACCGAGUAUGUGUGCGUAAGUGUGUCAGAGUGAGAGGGAACAAGAGAGGGAGACAACGCGCUGUCUAAUGGAUUACUGGAUGGAGCUGGUCUGUUGCGCAGAGGAGGAUACAUUUAGGUCAUUAUUUUCGAUGGACCGUAAAAACCGACGUGAAAACUGAAAACUCAUCUGCGUAAUCAGAGAGGUAAGUUGGACCAAAAGGAUCACCUGAUGGAGAUCAUUUAUUUGUUAAGAAAGCAUCUUUCCUUGGUGCAUCAUCUCACCAUUUGCGCUCUCGGCUGUUGCGCUCACAUCAACCUUGGGAACUUACGUGCGCCUACCUGACUGUAGCACACGCGGUUUGAUAAGUUGUGUCUUUAUUAGCAAGUUGAUGGCAUAUUUUUCAAUCAAAUAUGAGGCUGAGUUUAUUUGGUGCGCAACGGAAACAUUUGUUCAACCAAAAGCUGCUGGUAAAGAGGCUGUGGGUUUAAUGUGGAAGUUACCUGAAAUAAAAAGUCAAUAAGUAAUGUGUAGAUGUAAACUAAGGCGAUAGUGUUGUUUAGCAAGCUAAUCAUUCAACUACUGGAAUGAAAUCUCCAAAGACACAUUUUUUCAGUAUUCACAAGGAAAACCAAGAAAUUUGGGGAAAGAAAAAGAUAAGUUUCACGUUCAAAAUGCUCAGGGAUAAUAAAGCUUACUUUUUAAAACAGCUAUUACAGCAUUUUUUUCAUGGACAUUAGAUUAAUACGAAAACAUUUCUUUGGCUGUUCCCUGAAAGACGAUGAUGGCAUGUUUUAAGAUUAAUAGGAUAUUAUUUCAUUAUGUUUACUCGUGAACAGAUUCCUACAAAUAAACAUAAAUUCAUCAGGAUGACAUCUUUUGGCCAGUGAUAAGUCUCUUGUCUUUUGAUCAUGGCUCAUUACGCACGACGCAUGAGGCACGAGGCGUACUGAAACAUUAAGUUUCUGUCUCCAGGUGAGCGAGGAAAAGAGAAUGGACGCCGAGGGUCUCAUUCAACACAUUGAGCGAGACACGGAGGCCACUUUAUGGCCCCUGGCAGAGACCACCGACUGGCCCGAGGACGGAAAUGAGACGUUUGGGAAUCAGUUUCAGCAGCCGGACUGGCAGGUGGGGAACAGCGGGAUCAUAGAGGAAGCUGGUUUGAGUCAGAGCCAGAUCUUUUUUCUUUAUCCAACAGGACCUGGGAGUAUUUGGAAGAGACUUUGAUGAGGGACUGAAGAAAACAAGACAAAAUGAAUAAAAGAGGGAGUAUAGUGUAGUUACUGGCAUGAAACUCUUUGAUAAUGAAACCAAACUAGCAAAACACACACUGAAACCUCUGGAGAUGCAAUCUUUACAAUAUUUGGAGGUUAAACAAGGAUCAGUGUAUUUGUAAUGUGUUUGAGACAGAAAGGUCUAUUCAGUCUCUUACCAAUUGUGACAUAACUACAAAGUUCAUGACUUGAGUCUUAAGAGAAGAAAAUAGCAAUCAUUUAAUUAUUACUAGUGGUUUCACAAUUAUGUUGUAUUGCAAAGUUCAGUAUCUUUUUCUUUUUAUGUCCUCUUCUCCCUCAGGUGGCUCUCUGGGCCAUAGCGUACUCCCUCAUCAUCCUGGUUUCCAUCACUGGGAACGUCACAGUGAUCUGGAUCAUUCUUGCUCACAGACGCAUGAGGACUGUAACCAACUACUUCAUCGUCAACCUGGCCUUUUCGGAUGUCUCCAUGGCAACCUUCAAUACUCUUUUUAACUUUGUUUAUGCUCUUCAUAACGACUGGUACUUUGGUCUGGGCUACUGCAGGUUUCAGAACUUCUUCCCCAUCACAGCCAUGUUCUCAUCCAUAUACUCCAUGGCAGCCAUCGCAGUUGACAGGUAGGAAAACUGAUCAUUACGGCUGUCAUCCAAACUGCUCUAAAAAUAAGUAAAUGAGCACAUAUAAAGUGUUUUGUCCAAGUAAUUAGACACUGAUGGCAUAGGUAAUACCCUUGCAGCAUUCCCAUUUCACAGCAACAUAAUCGUUUACUUUAGAGUGGCAAAUGACCACUUACCUCAAGAAUCAUCUUAGAAGUUUUCAACCAUAAAGUUAGUAAGAAAAUAAAAAACUUUCAAAAUGAUAUUUCUGCACAGUCUGAGUAAUAUUCAUGUUCUUUUUUGAAUGAGUCAUGGUGUUUUAAAUAUUUGCAUUAAGUGGGUGAUUGUCAUGCUUUUUAGCAAAGGUAGGAAGGGAGGACCCAAAUGCAAACAGGUUUAUGCAGACCUAUGGAGUUCAUUGUGCAUCGACGGCUCAAUGUUGGGUAGGUAAGCAGAGAAACAGGUAGCAAGGGACAAGCAGGGGUAGAUUUAGAGGACAGAGAGGAAAAAGGUAGAGCAUAACGUCACACAUCCUCAAAGCAAAGUCAGAUGUUGGAGGGGUAUCUCAGCAAAAGAAAUAGUCUGGUACAAGGAGUGCAACUGGUUAUGCUACUGUUGGGUCGGCUGGCUUUAUUACCAUAAAUAUUAUCAUCAGUCAAGUAUCAUUAAUGUGCAGUUCCUUUGAAUAGUACACAUACUUAAUCCAUUGUUAUAAGAAUGGUAACUAUAAGUCUGUAUAAGCUGUUGGUUAUCUUUUUCCUCUGACUCACUUUCUGCAUCUCCCUCAAACUAGAGGGAGAUGACUGUCUUAUGUAAAUCUGGUCCUGCUCAAGGUUUCUGCCUGAUAAAGGAAGUUUUUUCUUACCACUGUAACCUGAUAAAUGCUGCAAGUUGUUUCACGCAUGGUAGGUCAAGAUGAGUCUCAUUUCACUGUUUGAGACUCAAUCUUGUCUUGAUUGAAAAUUGAUUUUCAGUCUUGGUUGAAAAUGUAUCACAGUAUAGUCUGGAUCUGCUCUCCGUGUAAAGCAUCAUGACAUAAGAUUUGUUGAUCAGUUAACUUGUGGCAAAUUCUCAUGUGUGGUGGGAAUGUUGAGGACACACUCAUGGACUGGUGGGUCAGGUGUGAUUAAGAAGAGGGGAAAUGAGAGGACAUCUAGUGGAAAGGUAGAGAAUUGGAAGGGACCUCUGUCAGAAUUUGACUUUUAAAGAGGACUGAUGUUUGAUGGCAGAUUCUGGCUGGUCCAAUAAAGCAUAUUUUAUACUGGGAUUCCUCAUGACCCCUUAAAGGACUGGUGUCUUUGUCUGUCAGGGGUUUGUCAUUUGUCCAAAAAGAAAGUUGUUCAUUAUCUUUGGCAUCACUUAAUUUCAGCGGCAGCUUGAACUCUGCCUGUAAAAACCUCUUGAUGAAGGAGAGAUGGGUCAGAGAGCAGAGAGAUACAGAUGUCUUUAAUGCUCACAGGAGCAUGAAGUAUCAGUCUGCUCUUAGAUUAAAAUGUGGUAUGUAUACUGAGUCACACUAACCCCAAAACAGAUGUUAUAUUGAUGAAACUGACACCGUUGUCAUCCAAGCUUUUGUAUUUUAGUAAAAUUGACAGAUUUUUUUUUUACUGAAAUGUACUUACAGUUCAGCCCAACACAUCUGCAUAUUGACUUUAUAAAGCUUUAAAAGGCACCAUAGAGUCAUUUUUUUAAACACAAACUAAACAUUAUAAAGUAAAGGUGUAUUUGUGUCGCUCUGAUCUGAUCUAAUGCUGCUUUUGUAACCAAAGGUGCACCUCACUGCUGUUCUUCUGGAACAGAUGGAUCCUUUGGAGCAUUUCAUCAUUCACACGCGCGUGUGUGUGUGUGUGUGUGUGUGUGUGUGUGUGUGUGUGUGUGCGUGUGCAUGUGCAUGGCAUGUGAUAUGUGGUUCCUUGUAUCCCGGGACAAUUGUAAUGAUGAAUGAGCCGCAAGCCCAUAUGUGGAUCAAAGGAAUUGUUCAUCCUUAGCGAUUUCUGGUUUGAUGAAUGGUCAGUUUGUGUCUUCUGCUGCGGCAGCAAAAAGAAAAACACUGUAUUACAUGCAACUGAUUUAAUAUUUGAAACAUGAUCUACAUUUGUAAAAGCUUGUUUUCAGGGCUCAGACCAUUCAUGAAGCUUGUGCAAAACCAAACAAGUUCAAUAGGGUGGCAUCUUUAUUGGAAUCCUUUUUUACAGACUAUUUGCAUAAUUCUUUGUGUGUUUUAAAUCAUUUGUGGAAUAUUGUAUUCUCAUGGAUGCUCUGGGGAGUUUAAUCUGUGGCCAGACAAGAAACAGAAGUGAGUCUUAUAAUCUGUGUAUUUUGCAUCACAGAAUCCUUAUCCAUUGAGAGUCAUAAAGAGGAGGCAGUCACUAAAACAAAAUUCAACUUGCAUGUCCUCAGUACUUAACAGAGCAAUGAUGGCUGUGCUGGUGACUAUACUGCAUGAUGCUACACUGGGAAAAGACAUGCUCAGAAUUGAUUCUUUACACCUUCACCCUUCCUUUAUUGACAUUUCCUUCAUACCAAUACAGUCGACACCCAUGGGCUUUGUAUGAGUAAGGAAAGCUAGGAUGAAUCUCAGGGUCCAUGAUUGGUAGGGACUCUGAAAAUAUUCAAACAUUUGCAGUAGUCCUCAUGGGACCCACAAUGGGACACUAUUUCUUCUUUAGCAAGUGUUCCAGCAGCUUUUCUUUCAUUCUUCCUUCCACUGCAAAUUUUCACAAUGAAGGACACAUUUGAUCAUCAGUAGGCAGCAGGAUGUGAGUUAGCUCGUAAAAUUCUAUCUAAUCAGAGGUGGAGAGUGGGGGAGUGACCUUGGAGGAGGUCUGUCGGGUAGGCUAUGAGAGAUCAGAGCUACUGAGGGUUUUCUAGGCAAAGAGCAGGAUCCUGAAGUGGAUGUGAUGUUGUAUUGGGAGCCAGAGAAGGUGUUGAAGGAUGGGUGGGGAGUCCGUAGAGAGGUCAUUACAGUUUUGGGGUCUAUAGGUUAUACAGGCAAGUGUGAGUGUUUUUAGAGUGGUGGAAGGCAGGGUAGGACAUAAAGCAGACAGUAGGGUUACAAAAAGGAGAAGAUUUCAUACCAAGAUGGAUGAAGUGACCAUCAAUGCUGAGAGAGAGGACUUGGGAAUCGGAGGAGGGAUUUGGGGCCAGUGAUGAUGAUCUCUGAUUUAUUGCAGCUGAGCUUGGGGAAGCUGUAGUUCAUCCAGGUUUCUAUAUCAAUGAGGCAGUGUGUGAGGGAGAGAAAAUGAACGAUUUUUACUGGAGAUAUAAAGCUUGGUAGUUUUGGCAUAGCAGAGAAAUUGAAAUCCAUGGUGAUUUAUGAUGUAAACAAGAGGUAGCACACAAACAUACUAUAUAUAUUCAGAGUUUGCUUUACCAUUACCCAUUGCAGGAAACUCUAGGUACACUUUCAAAAUACAACUGUUGUGUAAGAUUCAACAGUUCCAUCAAUUACAGCCAAAAUCAAUGAAAAAUACAGAUAAAGAUUAAGUGAUCUCUUACAGCGUGAAACCAAAUCCUGCAUUGCCAAAGAAGGACCUCAACAUCCAACACUCACAGUUUUUUAAAAGCAUGGACCACAACCAGCCACUCAGUUCAGCUCUGAGCAUGAGGGAAACAAAGAGUAAUGGGGCAUCAUCAUAUGAUGUUGACACACAGCAGCAUAACUCCAUGAUCAUUUACUGUACAUCAUAUGUUGAACAGUAUACUCACAAGUGAGCUUAUAGGUGUCUGUGUCAUUAGCCAGAGGUUCUUUUUGAAAGGUUAUUCAAUUCUUUAAAAAUGUUUCUUUUAAAGGACAUCGUCAAAAACAUUUGUUGUAUUCUGUGGUUGACAGUAAAUAAAUGUUGGCAGCUGUCGUUGCUUUAAUAAUGCCCUUAUCACAAAGACCUGCAGUGAGAAGUGAACUUUUAUCGCCCUGGCAGGUCACCAGAACAGAGUCAGACAAGCAGGGAACAGGAACAGGCUGAUAAAUGAAGCUCCUCGACUUAAAUCACUGAAGGUUCUUUCAAGAUUUUGCCUCUGAGUCCUUGCCUCAGGACUCUCAAACUUUUAACUACCUUUAAAAGAUUACACAACACCAGAAAACACAUCGUAUUUUAAACUUAUCAUUUCUUGUCGAGGUAUUGAGAUUUAUAUUUUAUUAAGAUGUCCCCGUGCUCUGAAUCAGGCCCUAAGCUGUCAAACAUCAGCUCAGUGUUCAGCUGUCAGGAAAAAGGGGACAAAAUGAGCUGACAGAGCACCUAUUUAUCAUUAUAAGUGUGGAUUACAAGAUACUGAGAUCGUGUGCAGGCCGAUGAAGGAAAAGGAAAGUUAAGACAGGAUGCUAUAAUACAGUUUCAUCUCAGUUUCUCUGACAGAUGUAAGUCUAUAUGAUCUCUGUGAAGGAUGAGCGUAAUCCUUCUUUCAGAUAAAGGCUCUUCAACGCUUAGCACACUGCAAGGCUUAUAUUGACUGGAGGGAUCGAAAGUCACUAUUUCAAAGUAGUACUUGAGACAGAAUACACCUGUAUUUUUUUCUCUUCCUCAGGUACAUGGCGAUUAUCCACCCUCUGAAGCCCCGCCUGUCCUCCACCUCCACCAAGGUUGUGAUUGCUGUGAUUUGGAUUGUAGCAAUUUUACUGGCUUUCCCUCAGUGCUACUACAGCGUGACCAGAUUUUAUUACCCCAGGACUGUAUGCAUGGUUGACUGGCCUGAUGACUACGGAGGAAAACACCAACUGAGGUGAGUAAACAAGAGCAAUAGAAACAAGGAUUAAGAGACAGAAGGUGACAUUUACAACAAGGUAGACCUACACAAUGAAAUAUAAGACACACUAAAGGUUGACAUCUGCGUGACUGAUCCAUCAAAUCUUUAAGGGAUUUGUGAGGAAAUCUGCACACUAGAAGUUGUAAUAAUGCACAUGUCCUUAAGAUCCACGUAUAUAAACAUACUUAUUUUUAUAUCUAUGAGCUGUUAGAAUCCAAGUUUUGUAUCAAAACUUGUGACUGUUCUUUUCUGUGUUACAAGCUCCAAGCUAUUGCUGUCAAAAAUUGUCGAUAAAUAAAGAAAAGUAGACCAUGAUGGCAGAGGAAACUUAUCAGUAAGAUCAGAUGUUCAUUGUAGUUUCUCUCUCUCUCUCCCUCUAGUUACCAGUAUGCAGUGAUUUUGCUGAUCUACUUGUUCCCUCUGCUGGUCAUGCUGGUGACUUACAGUUUAGUCGGCCGUUCUCUGUGGGGAGGACACAUCCCUGGAGAGGCGACAGACCACUAUCACAGCCAGAUAACAGCCAAGAGAAAGGUCUGGUACCUUUUUCUCUUUUACGUCUUCACUGAAGUCUCUUCCUUUAAAGAGGGGGCGUUUAUUCUGACUCUACUUUUUCAGUAGUUUUACAUGAUUUUCAGAUUUAAAAAUAGCCCUGUGUAUCUCACUCCGGUGUAUUAAAAUACAAUUAUUUCAGCCUCUGAGUGAAAUGCUUUGUUUGAGUUACUGUGUCUUUAAGUUUCUCCCUAAAAGCCCAAUUAUAUAGUCUUGUCUUAGCACAUUGUAGAAAGCUAGAUCAAAAUAACAUGAUCAAAGUUUGGGAUCUGUGGCAUAUUAAAAAGACACUCUGCUGCAGAAAAAAACACUUUCUAAUACUAGGUAGUUUUGUUUUUGCUUGCUUUUCUCAGUAAUUUCUUGUAAGAAUUUCCCAUAAAUAAAACUUGCAUCCCCAAUAUCAUGGGGGCGCUAUGUCAUAAACUUGUUUAUAAGGUGCCACAUUGGCUAAAGUCAGCCAGUGGUGUUACAGAUGAAAACUUGUGAUUUGACACAAAACCUCUUAAAUGAAAGAGGAGGAGAGGGAUAGGUCUGAAUUUGUAACAGCUAGGGUGGAGAGGUAAGGUGUGGUCUCAUGGUGUUCUACAGGUUUUGCUGUAGAGCACCACAUAAAUGUCUGCAAGUCCACACAUGUACAGGACAAAACCAGCAGAGGCCUGGCACUGUUGACCUUUAGUCUGAAAAAAGAGCAGUUUAACUGAACUCAGUGAUGUCUACAAAAGAGGGUUUGGACCACAAGAAGAGAAUAAAAAUUACGGGAGGGAGAUUUUUUUAAAUUCCAUUUAGACUUUCAUCUCAACAUUUUGAGCCACUUAUGACAAAAUUUUGAGAUGAAAGUCGAAAUUUUAAAAAGUCAAAAUUUCGACUUGAUUCAUGUCGACUUUAAUCUCAAAAUUUUCAUUUUUUUAUCUUGAAAUGUAACUUUAUUCACAACAUUUCAGCAUUGUGUAAUCUCCAAAUUUCAUCUUUAAUCUUGACAUUUCAAUUUUUAAUCUCCAAAUUUCACCUUCAUGAAAUGAAUUCGAAUAUUUUUUAUCUCGAAAUUUCGACUUUAACCUCCUUCCAGUAAUUUUUUUUUGUCUCUUUGUGUGGCCCUAAUCCUCUGUCGUAGAUAGCAGCCUGGAACACAAAGUUAAGCUUUAUUGACUUUAUUUACCUCCACAGGUAGUGAAGAUGAUGGUGGUCGUUGUGGUGACCUUUGCCCUCUGCUGGUUGCCGUAUCACAUCUACUUCAUACUUGGAUCUUUUAACAGGGACAUCUACAAACAGCACUACAUUCAACAGGUCAGCAGCUGAAAUUCUAACUGUUUCUGAUCUUUUCAAUCUGAUUUACAUUUUGGUUAUCAUGAUUUCUUUACCUCUCAGGUAUAUUUGGCCAUAUUCUGGUUAGCGAUGAGCUCCACCAUGCACAAUCCCAUCAUUUACUGCUGUCUAAACCAAAGGUGAGAAACAUCACUCAGAGCGUCUUUAUCCAGUACUUUGAGGCAGGAUCAGUCAUUUUUCCCUCUUUCUGCAGGUUUCGAGCUGGUUUCCGUCACGCAUUCUCAUGGUGCCCCUUCAUUCAAGUGUCAGAGGAGGACAAAAUGGAGCUGCAGCACACACACACCUUCAGAGUGACCAUGACGCGCAGUCACCGCAAUGACAACACAUACCUGCAUGCCUCCAUCAAAACGAACUCCACUUUUGAUGGAAACAUUGAGCACAACACAGAGAGAGGUGUUUGCAUCCAGCUUAUGAAACAGACUUCGUCAAGAACAAACAACACGAACAACACACACGCUGUGAGGAGGCUGGAUCAUGGAAGAGCCACACCUAACAAACUUCUCGAGCACAACCAGUGAGUGCUGAUGGGAGGUAACAGAGUUUACAUGAGGCUGAUGGAGAGAGAGGAAUUGCUGCUAACUACAAAAACAGAAAGAAACUGGUGAAUAUUAUCACGGUGAAAACAUUAUAAAGGAUCCACCAAAUCUGACCUGUGAUGAUCAACUUUUACACUUUUAAGGAGACACGACUGAUUGUGACUUUAGAUCUCAUGGAUGUUUGCUGUCAGUGCCAAAGUGGGCAAACAUCUAAGUAGUGUUAUGAAUAGAAGAACCCACAAGAGGCUGGUUUUAACAGUGUUAGUGUUUGUCACUCUUUCCUACCUCCAUUCUGUUUCCACAUUCUUUCCUCCACCUUUAACGCCUAUUUCUCCUUUUAUGUUGAAGGAAAAAAAGCUGUGAAUUGUCACUGGCAUCAGCACUGAGCCUUAAGGUUUUUGUAUAUUAACCUGUUUAGACUGCCUCGGUAAUGAGACUUCAAAAAGUCUCUUUUGUUUCAUGUCAAACACACAUAGUGUCUCAUUAAUUUUCUUCUUAAUCACUUAUAUUCAUCUGCAACUCAGCCAACUCAAAAAGAUUUGACUGACAUAUCUUGCUUUAGAUAUCUGCUUUACUGUACAUUGAAUUCAUAUCACAAAGCUUCUCAGAUUAAACAUCAAUAUGUGAUGGACUGCAUCAGUAUUAUUUUCAUUACAAGGCCAUCAAUAGGAGAUCAUGAGCCCAUGUAAAAGGCACAUUAAUAUCAAAUGUGAUUAGUUGGUAUGUACUGUGUGUGUUCAGUCCAUCAGUCUUUAUUUCUGUAGCUCCAAUUCACCACAGCUCUUAUCUCAAGAUGCUUUACAUACAGAAUAUCCCACAUGUGAUUCUGUGUCCAUGUCCAAAAUGUGAAAAACAUUUAGAUUGGUUUUUUCAGUCAGGCUACAGGAGAUCAGUGAGGUUAGAUUUAUUUAAACUUGCACAUUUUCCGUUCAGAGUUAGAGAGCUUAUCAUUUCACCACUUGUAACAUAUUCAUGACAGUAACAACAGGGUUAAUCAGUGGACUCUCUAAAAUGAGGUUGUGAUUAAUGUGUUCAUUGUGUACUAGAGUGUUAUUGCUGGGUAUCAACAGUUUCAUUAAUCCUGCUUCAGCUUUGAUAUGAACACCUCUAUAUUGUAUUUGAAAUGAUGAUCAGCCUUGAAUCUGUCUCAUUUCAUAGAACCUCCUGGAUGUACCUGCAGCUGCGCAGGACUAUUUCUUCAACAUUUAGUCACAUGGCGUUUACUUAUUCGGUAUGUUGUGUUAAAAGUCCUUAUUAGAAAAAAAAUGUGCUUCUAAGAAGAGCCUGAUGUAAAAUGUAAUGCUGUCAACUGAGUUCAGUCGAUGUAAAUAAUUGAUUUGUGAUUGCUGCACACUAACAGUCGAUAUCAUGAUGCUUCUGCAAACUUGACUUUGAUAUUUCAAACAGUGAUGUGGUGAAUCUGUGUAUUUGUUUACAUCUAGCAGCAGGUUUUUGUUUGUGAUUUAAAUAAAGCUGAGAUGUUCAAUGAA